AACGACAUGGAAACGUUCGUUUGGUCAAAGAGAUCUAUGUAACAGCGAAAUUCUGAGAGCAAUGGAUAUCGACUGUGACUAUCUCGACUUUGGGGAUGAUAGUGACCCAUGUGUGGGCUCGGAUAGUUCUUCAGAUGAAGGUGGUUUGGAUAUUGUACUCGAUGGUACCCCAGAGUUGAAGAGGAAAUUGACAGUUCGCUGCCGUAAGAAACCAGAAUUAUCAAGUGAGGAUGAGUUUGAGAAGGAAAUGGAUGAGGAGAUAAAUGAUACCAUCAAGGCAAUGGAAGCAGAAAGAAGUGGGAAAAAGAGGAAUUCUGGAAAGAAUGUACAAUUGCAUGGUCACAGUUCCAAGUCUAGUGUUGAUAAAAAACGACCACAGGAGUACUAUGAUGAUGUGUACUUUGACUCGGAUGAGGAGGAAAUGGUGACACAAGGUGAUGAGCGUGUUAAGAGGAAGAAACCUGUGGUCAGUAAUGAUGAGUUGUUGUAUGAUCCUGAUAUGGAUGACCAGGAUCAGAAAUGGGUGGACAGGAGAAGACGUUACUAUCAGCCACUGACAGCUGGUACCAAAGAGGUUCAGCGACGCCUGCCUCAAAGUGAUGCGGUGUUGGACUGUCCUGCUUGUAUGAGCACUCUCUGUCGGGACUGUCAGAGACACACAUCCUUUGAAAAUCAGUACAGAGCCAUGUUUGUGAUGAACUGCUCUGUAGACAAAUCUGAACUCCUUAAAUAUCCACAACAGCAACACAAAGUUUCAAAGAAAAAGAUGAAAAAAGGAAAAAAGUCCAGUAAUGAAGUGACUGAUUCAAAGAGUGGAAUGGGUGUUACUGGUUCAGAGACUGAUACUGGUGUUCCUAGGAGUCAGGAAGCUGUGGUGGAGACAAGCAAUGAUAUGUUUCACCCUGUCAGAUGCACAGAGUGUAAUACAGUGGUGGCUGUGUACGAUCAGGAUGAAGUUUAUCAUUUCUUCAAUGUAUUGGCUAGCUAUACCUAAUACAGAGAUGUACAGAGUAUAUCAGGGUGUACAGAGUAUGUCAGGGUGUGUUGGAGUGUGUUAGGGUGUACAGAGUAUGUCAGGAUGUAUUGGAGUGUGUCAGGGUGUAUUGGAGUGUGUCAGGGUGUACAGAGGAUAUCAGGGUGUAUUGGAGUGUGUCAGGGUGUACAGAGGAUAUCAGGGUGUAUUGGAGUGUGUCAGGGUGUACAGAGGAUAUCAGGGUGUAUUGGAGUGUGUUUGGAUGUACAGCGGUACUGGGACAUAUUAGGGUGUAUAAGGGUGUGUCAGGGUGUAUGGGAGUGUGUCAGGAUGUAUGGGAGUGUGCUUGAUGAAUUAGAGUGUGUUGAGGUGUAUUGAAGAGUAUCAGAAUGUAUUGGGAUGUGUCUUGGUGUAUAGAGUGUGUUUGGAUAUAUUUGAAUGUGUAUCCAAGUGUGCUAGCAUAUGUAAUA